AACACCUAAAUUUCCAAAAAAGGGUCCAAAAAUUAAGCAACAACUUUUGAUUCUCUCUCGUAACUUCCCCCAAAAAAAUAUUCAGCACACAGAAAAAGAGAGAAGAGAGAGAUCGGCGAUGGCUGCGACGGAGCAUCUUGGCCUCAGUGGAGAAGACUACAAUGUCGACCUUUUGCCAAACAACGACGACGAUUCGCCGCCGUCUUCAUGGCGUCUCAGCCUCGACACAUUUCGCCUCCCUUCUUCUUCUCCGUUGUCCUCUGGCCGCCACAACGGCCGUACUCGCUUGUCUCGUUAUCUUCGGACUCCGAAAAAGGAACGUAAAGUCUCUGAGUAUUACAAGAACCAAGAGAAGCUCCUUGAGGGUUUCAAUGAGAUGGAGACAAUUAACGAAACUGGUUUUGUUUCUGGAGCUCCAACUGAGGAAGAACUGAAGAAGCUUGCCAAGAGUGAGAGGCUCGCUGUUCACAUCUCAAACGCAGCAAACCUUGUGCUUUUUGUAGCUAAGGUUUAUGCCUCUGUGGAGAGUAGAUCUAUGGCUGUGAUUGCUUCCACUUUGGACUCCCUCUUAGACCUCUUGUCUGGAUUUAUUCUAUGGUUUACUGCAAAUGCCAUGAGAACACCAAACAAUUUUCGCUAUCCAAUUGGAAAACGGCGCAUGCAACCUGUGGGGAUUAUUGUGUUUGCAUCUGUGAUGGCAACUCUUGGACUACAAGUGAUACUAGAGUCAACCAGGCUACUCGUUUCCAAGAAUGGUUCUCAUAUGAGUAGCACGGAAGAAAAAUGGAUGAUUGGAAUAAUGGCUUCGGCUACAGUCGUCAAGUUUCUACUCAUGCUUUACUGCAGGAGUUUCCAGAACGAAAUUGUCAGGGCCUAUGCACAAGAUCACCUAUUUGAUGUUAUCACCAAUUCAGUCGGUUUAGCAACAGCCGUAUUAGCUGUAAAGUUCUACUGGUGGAUUGAUCCCUCUGGCGCUAUAGUAAUUGCUCUGUACACAAUCAGCACAUGGGCAAGAACGGUUUUAGAGAAUGUCCAUUCACUGAUAGGACGCUCAGCGCCACCGGAUUUCCUGGCGAAACUAACGUUCUUGAUAUGGAACCAUCACGAGAAGAUAAAACACAUAGACACAGUGAGAGCUUACACGUUUGGGUCACACUACUUUGUGGAAGUUGACAUUGUUUUGCCAGAGGACAUGAGGCUACACGAAGCUCACAACAUAGGAGAGACUCUUCAGGAGAAGCUUGAACAACUCGCUAAGGUUGAGAGAGCUUUUGUCCAUAUUGACUUUGAGUUUACUCAUCGCCCAGAACACAAGUGCAAGGUUUAAAAAAUCACAAUACUGUAGGUUUUUAUUUAAUGGAUCUAGAGAGGAAAUAAAUUAAGCAGCCUUGUUUCUGUGGAAUAUUUUUGUUCUUUUUACCACAAUACUAGGACCGGACCGGCGCUACAAUAAUAUACUAUUGUAGUGUUAUAUAAUCAUCUGAUUAUAUUA